AUGGUACUCGAUAUCGACUUAUUUAGAGCCGACAAAAACUAUGACCCACAAGUUGUACGUGAUUCACAGAAGAAACGAUACAAACAGGUCGAAUUGGUCGAUCAAGUUAUUGCUUAUGAUAAACUCUGGCGUACGGUUCGUUAUGAGGCCGAUGCAUGGAAUAAAAUUAAAAAUUUAUCUAGUCGAACAGUGACUGAAAAGAAACAAGCAAAUGAAAAUGAUGGCGAUUCUGAAGAAUUUAACAAAGAUUUUACUAUUAGUCUUGAAAUAAUCAAUGCAGAAUUUUUAGCUAAAUUAACAAUUAAACAAAUAAUACGACUGAGUACAUUGAUUGAUACAGAAAUUGAAAAAAUAAAAGAAAAAUCGUUAGAAUUAGGAACAAAUAUAUCUAUAAGCGAUGAGCUGCGUAACUUAACUACUGGUCUUAUUGCAUUUAGAAAAGAUUUUUUUAGUAAACAGGAUAUAAAUGAGCUACAGAUUAGCUGCCAAGGGCAGAAAAAAAUGGAAAGGAUUUAUGAGAAUUCUCAACCUAAAUCUUCCUCUAGAACUUCACUAGAUGAAGAAGUCGAGCUGGAUACUACCUUUGAAUACAAUUCGCAAGAAGAUAGUGAUCCAGCAAUUAAUAAUAGUGAUGAUGAUUUAGAGAGUGGUUAUGAUUCAAGUAGUGAUUGUGAUGAAGAUAGGCUGCCACUCCAAUAUCUAAAAGGUUAUCAGACCCAAUCCGCGCUAUAUAAUAAAAAGAUUUACCCUGAUCAACUAUUAGGAGUUACCCAAUAUGAUAAUAGCGUUCCAACUACGGAGCUUUAA